AUGCUGAGAGUGAAAGAGAUUGUCAAGCAUCCGAAACUUAGGAAGUUCUGGACGAGAUGGCGAAUUCUUAUGUGGAAAGCUGUACUUAUGCGAUUGCAUAGCCCAAUAACCACUGCGUUAGAGAUCAUUAUAGCUAUUAUCUUUUCCCUGCAAAUACGUUUAAUGUUCAAGCCGCACGGUUUUCAUCCACAAGAUUUAGAUGUACGUAGUCAAAAUGAUAUUCUGGCAAAAUUGCCAAAUAAUGUGGAAUGCUGGUAUGCACCAACAGAUGCAUUUGUAGAUGAAUUAAUGUCGAGAGUGGCGAAAAUGCUUCAUACAAAAACCGAUAGCGAGAUCAGUCUUGUGCGUUCACGUUACACGAAAAAUGAUACUUCCAAAGUAUUAUGGGCGAUAUUUGAACUUGAGAAACUUGCAUCUGGAAAGCCAAAAAUUUUAGAAUAUAAAAUACGUUCAUCGGAAAUAGGCGAGAAUCGGGUGAUCAUGAUGCAUGAGGAAAAACCCGCCCAUGAAGAUCCGUAUGUGUUAAGUGGUUUUAUGGCCCUACAAAUGGCGAUUGAGAAAUCUUUCGUAGAUAUAUGGACAGAUCCGACAUUACCAAAAAUCGCCGACAAUCUGUCAAUUGGCCGAUUUCCGUAUCACGAAGUGGAUUUUUUAGCUUCGCCGUUUAUCAUUCGACCUAACAUAAGAGUAAUUUAUUAUAUGAUGGUUGUUGCCUUCCUUUUGCCACCAGUAGCAACGUUAAAAAAGGCACUUCAUGACAAAGAAACUGGAUUUAGGGGUCUUAUGAGAUUGACAAAUAUGUCUUUCGCGAUGUUGUACAUUGGAUGGCUGAAUUAUCUCAUGAUCACCGUAUUACCUGUGACGAUCGUGUGUAUAAUUCUAUUAUAUCCUGUAUUUUUUACUACAAAUGUGUUGGUCAUCGCUAUUUUCAUCGUAAUGUAUAAUAUUUUGUCAGUACUUUUCAUGUUCACCAUCGGCACAUUUUUCAAUCAGCGUAAGUCACUUAAGCCUGCGAAAGCAUUACUCACGUCUAUUCCGUUAUGGCUCUUUUUGAUGCAUUUCACUGUUGUUCUGGAUCAAUCUCUGAUAAGGACAUCUGUCCUGACAAGGAUCAGUUCUUUGAUUCUGCCACAUAGUGGUUUAUUAUAUGGACUAAUAGCCCUCAUGACUUGUACAGAUUUUGGUAAGCAAAUUAAAUUAUGCAGAUUAUAUCAACAUGUUCUUUUUCAAAAGUCCAAAAUAGAACCACAAAAUUACAAUAAUUUUGUCUCGUACUUCUGGCCACGGUGGCUCUCUGAAUUUAUAACGUUACGAGACGCUCACGAUAUCAUCCACGCCAAAGAAAAGAUCUCUAUGAGUAUGGUUUUGUUCACGUGGAGCUUGCACAUUAUUUUUUGGUACCUGAUAGCUGUAUAUUUGGAUAAUAUAAAUCCGGGUAAAUUUGGUAGCGCAAAGCCUUGGUAUUAUUUGUGCAAGAAACCUACUCCUAAUAAUGAUGAAUUAAUGAUUCGAGGAUCCACUAAUUGGUCAGCAGUGGAAUACACACCAUCAUACAUGAAGCCAUCUAUUCGGGUAAGAUGUGUCAGUAAAGAAUUCGGCAGAAUCAACAAUCGCAUUACAGUUAUAGACAAUGUAACGAUUGACUUUUAUCAUCAAGAAUUUAGCGUCAUUCUCGGUCACAAUGGUGCCGGCAAAAGCUGUUUUUUAAAGAUGAUUAUAGGAAUGUACAAGCCGACUCAUGGUCAUAUUUACUUGAAAGGAAGAGAUUAUAACGAAGAUGAAAGUUCGAUAAAUCCAAUUGGUUAUUGUCCGCAAGAAAAUAUAUUGGUAAAUUAUUUGACGGCGAUACAGCAUCUCUAUAUAUUUGGCAUGAUAAAAGGAAUGACCUAUACAGAUGCUCAUAAAGAGUCACUAAAAUUGUUAAAGCAACUUGAUUUAGAAUUUGCGAAAGAUUUUAAAACAAAAUCCUGUUCUUUCGACAUACAGCGAAGAAUUUGUUUGGCGAUGGCACUUAUCGGCAAUACUAAGAUUUUGAUUCUUGAUGAACCUACAUAUGGAAUGGAUCUUCAGCAUAGAAGACAGAUAUGGGAUUUACUAUUGGACAUAAAAAGGAAGAAGACAAUAUUAAUGGCAACAAAUUCCAUGGAAGCUGCGGAUCUUCUCGCUGACAGGAUUGCUAUUAUCGCGAAUGGAAGGAUUGAAUGUUAUGGUUCGAAAAUGUAUCUAAAUCGUCGAUAUGGAAUCGGUUAUGUUUUGAGUUUAUUGGUACAAGAAGAUUGCAAUGUGGAAAAAGUUCAAACGGAAAUUCAACAGUUUUCUGCAGAUCCCAUUACUCUGCGAGGCACAAUGGGUUUGAUGAUAAGAUUUGACGUGCCAAAAAUCAGUCGAUUUUCAAAAUUGCUUCAAUAUCUAGAAUACAAUAAAGAAGAACUGAAAAUCAUGUCGGCUACACUUAGUACUGCAAGCAUUGAGGGUCAAUUUCUUAGAAUAGGUUUAGAAAGUCAGUUCAAAGAACGCUGUGUAAAAUUACCUAGCAACAAAUACGAGCUUAUUGUGCAACAAAGACGACGGCAUUUGUUACAAACAGCUCAACCAUGGAACCGAUUAACUGAUGAUGCUUUAUGGCGACAGCAAGUUUUUGCAAUGUUCUACAAGAAAUUAUUGCACAUUAUUUCAUCGUGGAAACUAUAUAUAUUUUUGAUGACUUCGGCGAUUGUUAUUCUUAUUCUAAUCACUAUAAUCAGCGAAUUAAGUAGUUUCACACUUUUCGACUCGAGUGAGAAAAUAAUGAACCUGACAAAUUAUAUAGACAACAAUCUUCACGUGCUAUAUUAUGCAGCCGAUGACAAACUUGCGGAAGACUUUCUUGAUAUUUUAUAUACUACCGGCCAAGCAUAUAGUGAAAGGCAUAAUUAUCAUAUCUCUAAGCAUAUCACAGCCUCGGAUAUUAUAGUUCACCCUGAUUUACAUUCGAUAGAGUUUAGGGAUCGUUACGUGAUGUCUGUCGAUAUACACGUAAAUGGACAUGUGCAACUUAUAUACUCAUCCACUGCGAUACACAGUGGACCAAUUGCAUUAAAUCUAUUGCAUAAUGCAUUAUUGCGUUACCAUUGCGGUUCAGAUGAUUGCUGGAUAAAAUUAACCAGUCGACCGUUAAUAAGACCAGAACAAUGGCAUUUAUAUUUACUGGCCCACCCAUACAGCGUACGGAAUUGGGAGAAUGCUGCUAUAAUAAUGACUUUAUUUCUUCUUUUACCUUCUAUUAAUAUGGGAAUAACAGAACGAAAUACACUUUCAAAAAUGUUACAAAUUAAUGCAGUCGGCAUGUCCACGCGGAUCUAUUGGAUCUCAAUGUAUAUCAUCGAUUUCUUAUUGUAUGCAUUUUCCAUAAUAUUUUUAGGAAUUAUAACUUUAACCGCUUAUCAACGCACACUGCACUUCUCAAACUUAGAAAUUGUUCAAGUAUUCAUGAUAUUCUUAUGUUACGGAGGAUGCGCUAUUCCAUUAGGCUAUUGCAUACAACUUUUAACAAAAAAACCGGAAAACGUGUAUUUAGUCGUGAUACUAAUCAACGUCAUAGUCGUGUUAUUAAUAAACAGCUCUAUCAUAUUUCCAUUGUUAUUGCAUACAUUUAGCAGUACUGGCAGAUACAUUUUUGAAGCUCUUGUACAUAUAUUUCCACCAUAUAUUCUAGCUUGUGCUUUAAGCAAUUAUAUUAUGCUGGUCUUAUAUAAUAGACACUGUAGCUACUUUAAUGCUUGUGAUACAGAAUUUUAUGUUGAAGAUCCUUGCUGUCAAAACUGCAAAAACACGCAUUGUUACAACCAACUGGACGUAAUGCUAAUUAAACAAUCCGGAUUUGAGUAUCAUCACUCAGUCAUAGAUGACAUACUUUUAAUGAUAUCGCAAAUGUUUGCCUUUUAUAUAUUGUUAGAGAUUUUUGAAGAAAAAAAUCGCAGAAAAUGGUACAGUUGCUCUACACUUUCUGCGAAGGACGAUGAUAUUAUAGAGCCAGAAAUUAUCGAAGAAAAGAAACAAACUGAAGAAUAUAUGAAACAUUAUAAUGAAACAAAGUCACUUCCACCACAAGUUGCUCUGGUUGUUCAAAAUUUAAGAAAAGAGUACUUUGGAAGACCGAUUUAUAAACAAGAAUGUUUUGGCUUGUUGGGAUUCAAUGAGGCAGGAAAAUCAACAAUAUACAAACUGCUGACAGGUGAAAUAAAAAUGUCGGCUGGAAAAGCGGUGUUAUAUGAAUACGAAUUUUCAAAAGAUCAAGAGAUGUUUACAGGUAUGAUAGGGUACUGUCCACAAACUAACGGACUAAGUGAUUUCAUGACUGGCAGACAAUAUUUGCAACUUCAUGCGGCACUUCGCGGUGUUCCAUACGAGUGUAUCAACGACGAAGUAAAUAAAUGGUUGGAUGUAUUAGAUAUGCUAGAUUUCGAGAAUCUAAAGAUCGCUCAUUGUCCGUGGGGAGUUCAAAGAAAACUUUGUAUACUGCAAAGCUUAGUCGGCGAUUUGCCAAUGGUAUUUAUGGACGAACCUUCCGCUGGAAUUGACAUAAUGACUAGACACGCUUUAUGUGAAAUCUUGCAUCAAAUACGGGAGAUGGGAAGAUCAGUAUUAAUCACUACGCACAGUAUGCGAGAAGCGGAAGCAAUGUGUCUGCGUGUUGGAAUCUUGGUUAAUGGCCAAUUUGUCACAAUUGGAUCUUAUGAGCAUCUGAGGAGAAAACACGAACAUAACUUUAUACUGAGUAUCAAAGUAAUACCAGGAUUCCAAUUUGCAAACUUUGAGAAGAUAAAAAAAAUUAUCGACGAGACUUUUCCAGCAAUAAAAUUCAAAGAUAGUUAUUUGGGUGUUCUUAAAUAUGAACUGGAAAGUGGUAUUUCGUACAGUCAAUUGUUUGAUAAGCUUGAAAAAUUAAGACAAAGAUAUGUGUGGAUAACAGACUUUUCUGUCUAUCAACCAUCCAUAGAUGAAGUAUUUCUAACUUUAGUGAAAAAGCAAAAGAGACAUUUAAAAAAAUUAACACUAUACGAAUUUCUACGUUCAUGUAUAACUAAAAAUCCUUAAGCAGAAUAAAACGUUUA